UCUUUCGCAAAACGUCUGGGAGGAGCCCCCGGAGCCACAAAACCGUCUCCUUCCUGGGGCCAGACUGAGAAGUGCAGGGAGACGGCAAACAGGAGCCGCUGCCGGACAUGGGCUGCCCCUUGCUGCUGCUGCUCUUGAUUCAGAUCUGCGUUCCAGCCUCCUGGGGCCUGCGAUGCAUGCUCUGCAAGAGGACCGGGAAUUGCAAAGUGGAAGAAUGUGCCCCUGGCCAGGACUUCUGCAGGACCACGAUCCUGCACAUAUGGGAAGGAGGUGAGGAGCUGGAGGUGGUGGAGAGAGGCUGUGCCCACCCGGAGAAGACCAACAGGACCAUGAGCUAUCGGACAGACCUGCAGAUCGUCACCCUUACAGAGGCCAUGUGUGGCUCCAAUUUGUGCAACCGGCCCAGUCCUGGCCGGGCUCCUUUCUUUCCCCGAAGUCGUUACCUUGAAUGUGCUUCCUGUGCCUCAUCAGACCUGAGCUGUGAGCGGGGCUGGGACAGGAGCCUGCAGUGCCGCAACCCUGGAGAACAGUGCCUGGAUGUGGUAACCCACCGGAGCCUGGAAGGGAGUCCCGGGGAUGAGCGCCACACCCGAGGCUGUGGCAACCUUCCUGGCUGCCCCGGCCCCACCGGCUUCCACAACAACCACACUUUCCACUUCCUGCGGUGCUGCAACACCACCAAAUGCAAUGGGGGCCCAGUCCUCGAUCUUCAAAAGCUGCCUCCAAACGGCUUGCAGUGUUACAGCUGUGAGGGGAACAGCACUCAUGGAUGUUCCACUAACGAGACUGCCCUCAUUAGCUGCCGAGGCCCCAUGAAUCAAUGUCUGGAAGCCACAGGCACUAACGGCCUGGGGAACCCAAGCUACACUGUCAGAGGCUGUGCAACCCCUUCAUGGUGCCAAGGCCUCCACGUGGCUGAAGCCUUCAGCCUGACCCAUCUCAACGUCUCCUGCUGUACUGGAAAUAGCUGUAACCAGCCAGCCCUGGAUGUCAGGCCCCGCACUGGGGGCGCAACGCGGCCUGACCCUGCCCACUUCAGCUUCUUUGUCACCCUGCUUAUGACUGCCAGACUGUGGGGAGGCACCCUCCUCUGGACCUGAACCUCACACCCCCACUGCCCUGGCUGGAUCCAGGGGACCCCUUCGCCCUUCCCUCAGCUCCAGCCCUGCCGACUUGCUGUGUGACCUCAGGCCAGUGUGCUGCCCUCUCUGAGCCUCCGUGUACCCAGCUGUCAGAAUGCUUAUCUCAGAGGAGACUUGUGAGAAGCAGAGGAGAAAAGCCAAACAAAGGCUGCGGGCCAGCAGGCUAGAGCUCUUGUUAUGAUGAAUAUUGUUGCCGCUAUUAUUGUUAUUAUUAAUUAUUUGUUUUAUUUAAUAUUUUAUACGGAAAUAAAGAUUUUUCUACCAGUGAAC